GAGGCGCCUGAGGGUCCCGGGAGGGUUUUUUGAGGGGGGUCCAGAGUGGAGAUGCUGCUGACAGUGAAGGCGCUGCAGGGCCGCGAGUGCAGCCUCCAGGUGUCCCCCGAGGAGCGCGUGGGGGCUGUGAAGGUGCUGGUGGCCGAGAGGCUGCAGGUGCCGGUGGAGCAGCAGCGGCUCCUCUACAGGGGGAAGGCGCUGGCAGACGAGCGCCGCCUCCGAUUACUCCAUCGGGCCUCGGCGCGGCUCAACCUGGUGCUGCCCGCCUUCGGGCCCGGCCUGGCCCAGGUUGGGAGACACUUCGGGAACAGGAGGGACCCUGAGAAGGUGCAGCAGCUCCACAAGGACUAUGAGCGGACCCUGAGGGGGCUCAGCUUGGACGACGUGGAGCGCUUGGGGCCUGGCUGCUCCAGCCCGAGGGACCCCUCGAGCCCCCUCGAGACCCCCUGA